UCCUCAACGGAACCCACCACGCGCAGCGGCAACUGAGGCGGGAAAGAGGACGCUGUGGGCGCUGCGGUGUCAGGGUCCGCCUUCCUGGCUGCACCCGUAGGAGAGGAGGUGGAUUUCAGGAUUCCCGUAGACUGGAAAAAUCUGCUCAAAACCGCUUGGCUUGCAGGGGCUGGGCCGGCAGCACCGGCGCCGCCAGACGCAAGCUUCCGGCGCUUCAUUUCAGGCCGGGAACUGUAGCCCGAAGGCAAGGCCCACGCGGGAGCGCGAGCCCGCGGCAGCAGUUCCCCGGCGUCCACGGGCGCGAGCACGUCGCGACCCUGCCGAAUGAAUUUAAGUAUUUCCAAAGAAUGACCAAAACUUCUUCAGUAGAAGGUGGAGAAAUAACAGAGUAAACAGGAAAACAAUAAAGGAGCACAGAAAGGAGCACAUGCUGCAUAACUUUAACAGGACAGAUAGAAGGCCCUUGGAUUUGGGCUUAGGUCAUUGAUGACUUAGGACAAGAUGACAAGAGCCAGAAGCUAAAAAAUUGACACCAACCACUCUAAAGAAUCCUAAGUAAACAGAAUCUGGUGAUUAUGGGUAGAAAGACCUGGUUCUCCAUCCCUGAGAAGAAUCGGCCUUUAAAAGACAGAAUUAAUUUAGUUCUCAGUCGAGAACUCAAGGAACCCCCACAAGGAGCACAUUUUCUUGCCAAAAGUCUGGAUGAUGCCUUAAAACUUAUUGAGCAACCAGAAUUAGCAAAUAAAGUAGACAUGGUUUGGAUUGUGGGAGGCAGUUCUGUUUAUAAGGAAGCCAUGAAUCGGCCAGGCCAUCUUAGACUGUUUGUGACAAGGAUCAUGCAAGAAUUUGAAAGUGACACAUUUUUUCCAGAAAUUGAUACAGAGAAAUAUAAACUUCUCCCAGAAUACCCAGGUGUUCUUUCUGAUGUCCAGGAAGAAAAAGGCAUUAAGUACAAAUUUGAAGUGUAUGAAAAGAACGAUUAAUAUGAAGAUGUUUUCUGACUUAAUUCAAUUUGUCCCCCUUCCCCUCCAAAAAUUAAGUACUUUUGCAUUAGAAAAAAAGACUUUUGUUAGCUUUAAAUCUAUGGAUAAGCAUUGUGGUUUUACUCUCCAUUAAUCUUAACUAAACUGUAUCAGAUACCAUUUGUGAACUAUUUCCUGUUAUAAAUGCUUUAAUGCCUAUUCCUCAAAGGUCAGGAUUCAGUUCCCAAUACCUGCCUAGGGUAGCGUAUUUGUCAAGAUAGCCCACAGUCAGAGAGUUCCUGAUAUGAGUUGAAACCAGGACCCAUAGAGAUAGGAGCUAGACAGAUUAGUCCAAAGAGCAGGAAGGGAUUACAAACAAAAGAAUUAUAACUCGUAUUUUAAAAGAAAAUUGGAUCAGAGUAGGGACUGUAAAUUAUUCUGGGACUGUAAAAUAGUCAUCCUUCUGAAAAAAAUUCUGUUCACUCAAAUAGGAAAUCAGUGAAUUGAGAGAUCCACUAUAUUCAGUAGCCAAGAUAGAAGUAGGUAGGAGACUAACUUUGAGGGUUAAAAGAGGAGAAAAGGUCUGAGACCUUUAAAAAUUCUGUUUCUCAUCAACAGUGAGAUUCAAAGAAUUGUUACAUAAUAGAAAAGAAUAGGCUGCUCUUUAGAGAAAGAGGUCAAUCUAAUAACAAGCAUAGUGGCUAAAAUUAAACUCAAAGAGCUAAUGAAUUAAGAAUGGAUAUUGCUAGAAACCAAAGUUAGUUUGUUAGAAAAUAAGUUUCACAACUUUAAAAAAUGAAACUUACAGUAUUUUUUUAUCCAUCUUGUUAGUAAAGAUUUAGAUUAUGAUAUCCAAGAAAAUAACAUUUUCAGCGUUUUCUGCAUUAUAAAUUGGCACAGCCAUUUCAAGAGUGUAAAUUAGCAAUAUCAAUUAAUUAAAAUUCAAAAUUUUCAUAUCCUUGGAACCAAGAGUUUGCAUUUCUAGAAAUUAAUCCUGAACUAAAGAAAGGACCAAAAGUAUUUUUUGAAAACUUUUUUUUUAAACAACAAUUUGGAAACAGCCAAAUGUUGAUAAAUAAAUAUCUAACCAAUAUAUCUAUAAAGUGUAAUAUACUAGAGUACUUAAAAUGAUUGAGGUACUAACCAAAAAAAUGUCAAAGAUUGCUAAGUGAAAGCAAAUUUUAUAUAUUAGCCAAAAUUUUUAAUAAAUAUUAAUAUGUGUGCAGGUUUGAAUCUAUUAUGUCCCCCUCAAAGGCCAUGUUCUUUAAUGAGGACAGACUUAAUUAGUCUUUUGAUUAGGUUGGAAUGUUUGAUUAGGU